GGUGCAUUUCCAGGAGAUUGUGUAAUUAUAAAGGAAAUGUUAUAUUUAUGUGGUUUAAAUAUCAGUUUUACUCUGAUUGUAGCGCUAGGGGCAACUGUUUUAUCUGUUACCUAUAUCCACAAAAAUGUUAAACCCUUUUGAUAAAUUGAAUCUUGACGCAUGCGCAUUUUACGACAGAUUUGACGUGUUUACGAUACGAACUGGGUCGCUGUUUACAAACGAGCUGUAUAGUUACAAAAGGGUUAUGCUGCACAUUGAACAAUGGUGCGUAUGUGUGCUUUUCCUGGAUGUUUCAACAGACAGAAAGCAGUGAGGCUGCGUCCUCGGCCGUUAUCGCCAGAGGAAAGGCUGACUUUUCACAGAUUCCCACUGAAUGAUCCGCAGCGCCUGAGGCUAUGGCUGCUCGCGGUUCACCGGGAUACUAGUUUACCCGUUCAGUCUCUGGAAGUUUUGAGGCUGUGCAGUCAACAUUUUUCACGAGACGAUUUCAGAUCAGAUAAGGGAAAUGUACGACGAUAUCUGAAGUCAACAGCCGUCCCUGUGUGGUUUUUAAAAACUGAGGAGGCUGAAGAUGAAGAGACUGUUGCUGUUGUAUCAGAGAAGAGUGUGAAGACUGGGGGAAAAUACACUACACCAGCACCACCUCAAAUAAAGCUAGAAUCUAGAAGCGCUGCUCUUGGUAAUGUCCCAGUUGAGGAGGAAGCCAAAGCACAGAGUAAUGGGAUGAAGAAAUGAGCCACUCAUGCUGGAACAUCUUUUAAUAGACUAUAUUUAUUUCUAUUAUUUUUUUUAAAUUAACAAAUAUUUUCUCAAUUUAAUGUAGUAGUAAAAGCUGACGAAUUCAUAAGCAAGUCAUAGCUCUUCUGUUAUAACGAUUUAGAUGUGAAAUUUUAUGCCACACACUUAACUGCUACUACUGUUUUUCUUUUUCUGUUGUUUUAUUAAUACUGAGGUCAUGAAUUAUAUCUUUCACAAAAUGCAAGAGAGAGAGAGAGAUAUUAUAAAAAGUCAUGCAGAGUCUGGGGAAUGUUGAAAGGUUUUAUGAAAGAUACAAUUCUUGACAUCAGUAUUUUAUUUUAAUGUUAUAAUGUAAUGAAUCAAUCAUGCUCAGAACACCUUACAGUAAAACUCUCUCUCUCUCUCUCUCUCUCUUUCAUAAAUUUUUGUAUUGCUAAAAAGCCUUUGUAAUAUAGCAAGUGUUAGGGUACUACUGGCAAUAAAUGUCUGGAAAAAAUAAAUGGUCAGUUCUUGUUCCUUGUCUCUGUCUCUGGUCUAUAUAUAAAACCUCCAGUAUUUACAGGGAUUUUGCCAGAGAGAGAAGACAGUUGUGUUUACAUAAUUUGACAUUUUAACCAUAGUUUUUCUCUAU